CCAUUCGCACCUUAUUUCUCCCUCCCAGAGAAACCUCCUUCGCUUCCCCCCCCCUCCGAUCUUCCGUCUCUCCCUUUCCAUCAGCGUCCCCUUCGUGCGCCCCUGUCUCUCCCUUUGCCCUCUGUGUCUCCCCACGUCCCCACCCCCACCUCUCCUGGGCGCUCCCAAGUCGGCGGUGCCAAUGGAGAGCUCUGCCAAGAUGGAAAGCGGUCCCUCUAGCCAGCAGCAGCAGCAGCAGCAGCAGCAGCAGUUUUUGCAGCCGGCCGCCUGCUUCUUCGCCGCAGCGGCUGCCCAGAGCGUGCAACAGCAGCAGCAGCAGCAGCUGCAGCAGCUGCAGGAGCAACAGCAGCAGCAGCAGCAGCUGCUGCAGCCGCCGCAGCGGAGCCCGGCGGCCGGCCAGCCGUCGGGGGGCGGUCACAAGUCAGCGCCGAAGCAAGUGAAGCGUCCGCGCUCGUCCUCCCCGGAGCUGAUGCGCUGCAAGCGGCGGCUCAACUUCAGCGGCUUCGGCUACAGCCUCCCCCAGCAGCAGCCGGCCGCCGUGGCCCGGCGCAACGAGCGGGAGCGCAACCGCGUCAAGCUGGUCAACCUGGGCUUCGCCACCCUGCGGGAGCACGUCCCCAACGGGGCCGCCAACAAGAAGAUGAGCAAAGUGGAGACCCUGCGCUCCGCCGUCGAGUACAUCCGCGCCCUGCAGCAGCUGCUGGACGAGCACGACGCCGUCAGCGCCGCCUUCCAGGCCGGGGUGCUGUCCCCCACCAUCUCCCCCAACUACUCCAACGACAUGAACUCCAUGGCGGGCUCCCCCGUCUCGUCCUACUCGUCGGACGAGGGGUCGUACGACCCCCUGAGCCCCGAGGAGCAGGAGCUCUUGGACUUCACCAACUGGUUCUGAGCGCCCGCCGGGGCUGGGCCCGGAGGAGCCGAGCGCUUAGCGGAGGGACCGGCUGCAAAGCCAACGGCCAGGAGGUCUUUUUAUCCCUUUGCGCCAGCUACGUUGGGAGGAGAGGAGAGGAAAAGGAAAAAAA